AACGUUGCGAAUAUGACCUCAACCACACUGUCGGCGACCCAAGAAGCGCUGUUAGACCGACUGGAGAAGGCAAGCCAUGGACGAGGAGCGGUGGACGCAUUGCCCACGACGAAAUCACCCAUGUCGUUGAAGCAGUAUUACGCGUUGAAGGUGUCUGCAACGCCUCUCGCAACGAACACGCCAGUGCCGCUCUCGACGACGAUUCAACAGUUCAUGACGAACGCUCAAACGUGCUACCGGGUCUGCGAGACGGUGGAAGAGCACACGGAGAAGUCGUUGGCGUUGCUUCAAGAGAUGGAGGACCGCCAUGUGUCGGUGAAAACGUUGACAAGUGCGCUGUAUGAGAGCUUUGAGACGCUGUUGACGGAAUUGGAUGCGCUCAACGUCAAGGUGCAGAGUCUUGAAGGGCCGCUGCCGUACUUUACACGCAUUUCCUCCAUCGCGAAAGCAGUCGGCGGGAAAGUAGACUAUUCGUCCAAGGUCGACGCCACCGGAGCGGCCACGGUGACGGUGCAUGUCCGCCCAUAUACGUUUGGAUCCAUCGACCCCACAUCCCCGACCUUCGACCAAGGCAUCGGCGACAUCGACGACUGCGUCACGUUCCUCCAGCAACAUAUGGAUUUCAAGGACACUUCCAUGUACUUGGCCGCGUACGGAGAGCUCAUGAUGCAUGCCCUGCACAUGCUGCGGGACUUCGCGGUGGCCACCGUCGAAGCUGCUCGCGACCACGUGCUCACUGCUAUUUCUACCCACCCAUCGCCGGCGCUCGACUUGGACGAGGCGAGUGUGUACUACCUUCACUUCCACGCAUGUGCUCCUGCGUGUCAAGCACUUACCCGGCACUUGGACAUGCGAGACACACUACCAGGGAACGAAUCGUUUCUGCCAGAUGUGUUGGACACGUACGUGACCGUCCGCACGCAGCUGGUGACGCCAGUCGUGGACGCGUACUUGACCUCUGUCAACCAAAGCACCGACAUUGUCAGCUUGCUUCGCAUGGGGUGUCAAUACAUGGUACGGCUCUGCCAAGCAGAAUACACGCUCUUUAGGCAUGUGUUUGGGGUUGUCCCCUCGGCUCCCGUGCUGCAAGUCGAGGACCAAGACGAACACGCAUUCCAACGCAUGAUCUUCCAGCUGAGCUAUUCGCUGUACCACGCCGUGCGGCCGCGAAUGCUUCAGCAGCACAACCUGGACGUCCUCUGCGAGAUCGUCGAGGUGCUUCGGCGGGAAGUAGUCGACACGCACAUCCGACCGAUGGGGGACGCCGCCGAGGCCGUGGAGCCAGUCGUGGACCGCAUGAUCGGAGAUGCGCAGGAGCGGUUGAUUCUGUGCACGCAAAAGUACCUUCGCGACGAAAUUGAAGCGUUUGUACCGACGUUGGCCGACUUGAAUUACCCUGACAAGCUGCUCGCACCGACCGUGUAUGCGACGUGGUACCCGACGUUGGAGCACACGUUGAUGUGUUUGUCAAAAGUGUACCGUUAUGUGAAUAUGCACAUUUUUGAGGAAUUGGCGCAAGAUGCGGUGCGAAUGUGCACUGCCACGCUGAACAUGGCGUCCGCCGACAUUGCCGUUGAAAAGGGCCAUUUGGACGGCGGGCUGUUCUUGAUCAAACAUCUGCUCACGCUACGCGAACGCAUCACGCCGUUCGACAUUCAAUUUGCCGUUACGGAAAAGAACUUGGACUUUUCGUCAACUACGGAUGCGAUGGGUAAUAUCCUCAACGGUAACAUCUUGGCCGAUGCAUUUACCCUCUCGGUGGACAAUUCGAUCCUGGGGCUGUUGACACACGGCAUCCCCCAUGUCCACACGACCACGUCGGACGUGAAAAAAGACUUGGAGCACGAAUUGAAGAAAAGCUGCACCGUGUUUAUUGAACAUGCCGUCCAAUACGUGGCGGCUCCCCUCGUCGCGUGGCUGCACAAGGCCAAGGCGGCAGCGUUGAAACAACCGUCCAAUCCUACUUCUACUCUGCGGACGCAGCUUGGAUCUCCAGACACGAUUCGAGCCAUGGUGAUGCAGUUGCAUACACAAUUGGAAUCGCAUUUGCCCUAUGUGCAGGACAAAAUCCAUGCGUAUUUGGCGAAUGCGUCGACGGAAUCCAUUUUAUUCAAGCCCAUCCAAACGGGCCUAGCGGAUGUGGUGGAGCAGCUCCAGGGCAUUCUCGAGAAAGAAUACAGUGCCCAAGACCGCGCAGUAUGCGACGCCGACGUUCAAGCACUCAUGCAGCGAAUUGUGCACGAAAUGUAAUGGUUGUGCAUGCUAAAUUUACAAUAAUGGUUGAUGAUAUGAUGCAGCAGUAUACAUGGACA